AUGCUAAAAGCCGUCGACAAAUGUCCGGGCCUUUACUGCGGCCGGACGCUGCUGGAGAAUGCGUCCCUCAGCGAGUGUGGGGCCUGCGCCCGGGGAUUCCGGGUAAACGUAAACAACGUGUGCACUCCGUGCGAGUCGGACCUCAGCGAGCACGAUUGGCUUUAUUUGGGGUUUAUGGCCAUUCUGCCGUUGAUCAUCCACUGGUUCUGCAUCGACCUGAACGCCCAGCAACGUCGGUUCAGCCGGGGCGAGCUGAUUCUGCACGCCAGCGCUUGCGUUGAGGUGCUGCUGUCGGGCUUUCUGACGAUUCUCUUUACCGAUCCGCUGUGGGAGCUCCGGAUCAACUCGUGUGGCGUCCGGAAGCUGUCCGACUGGUAUACCUUGUUUCACAAUCCGACGCCGAACUAUGACACGACGCUGUACUGCACCCAGGAGGCGGUUUAUCCGCUGCAAACGAUGAUCUUCGUGUUUUAUCUCUUUUGCGUUACGUUCAUGAUGAUUAUCCGGCCGGCGCUGAACGUUAAGUUUUUGCCGUUCCGUGGCAAGAUGGCCGUGUACUACGCGCUGUACAUCUUUCCGAUCCUUUCGCUGUUGCAUGCCGUUGCUGGAGGACUCAUCUAUUACUCCUUCCCCUACCUGAGCAUCGUCAUCUCGGUGGUGUCCAACGCGUUGCACUUUUCGAUCAAACUUGACCAGACGAUGAAGUCCCUGCUGGAAACGUCCGUCACGCAGAUGCGAAACGUGACCAUUAUUCUUGGUCACUGGCUGCUGCUGGCGUUCGGCAUCAUCUCGAUCCCGUACGGUGUGUCGUACUUUGCGCUGCUGCUCGUCCCGGCACCGGCGCUGUUCUACAUUUUCACCGCCAAGUAUACUCAUCCGGAUAAUUUUAAAUGAGGGAAGAUGCUGCUCUGCAAAAGGUAUUCUUCAUUAUUUUUGGACGUUAAGUUAUUGUGAUAGAGGCAAAACUGUACAUGUUUCGUUAAGGAAAACUGAAUAAGAUUGAUAGUUUAGAACUGA